AUGAAGGAAACACCCAAGCUAACUAUGAAGAACUGGUAUGCUUGGAACCCUUGCCUCCAAAACAUCCUAUCCAACUGGCCACCUGCUCUAAAGCACCUCAAUGGUAUCACCAAGCCAGGAGACAAAAAGUUUGAUCAAAAACUAGACAGAAACCUCUGCAUGAUCCUCCAAAGUCAUGCCAAACUCACAGGGACUGACAACAUCAACUACCUCUUCAUCCAACCCACAAAGGCCAAACCAUGGAAACUACACAAACUAUACACUUGCCUCAAGAAAGACCUUACCAAGAUGGAGCAUAUUGCCAAGUUGACCCUCCUCAACAAAGCUGGUAGGAUUUGGAUGUUCAAUGCAGACGUCUGCAAACUCAUUGCCAAUAUCAAUGAACAUUGGGCCAAAGCCAAAUCAAUGGAGUAUAACCUAACCUGGGUCCUCAAGAUCAAAACACUCAUUGACCAAACAAAAUUCAUCAGAAUGUACCAAAAUUGCAUCACAAACCUCCAGGACAACAGCUGA